AUGUCUAUCCCCGAGACUCAAUGGGCGCAGGUGGCCGAGAAGAUCGGAGGCCCGCUUGUGCUCAAGCAGAUCCCUGUCCCAAAGCCAGCCCCUGAUCAGAUUCUUGUCAAGAUUCGUUACUCAGGCGUGUGCCACACCGACUUCCACGCGAUGAUGGGCCACUGGCCUAUUCCAGUGAAGAUGCCCCUUGUCGGCGGCCAUGAAGGAGCGGGAGUCGUUGUAGCCAAGGGAGACCUAGUCAGCACAUUUGAGAUUGGCGAUCAUGCUGGUAUCAAGUGGCUCAAUGGAUCUUGCUCUGAGUGUGAAUUUUGCAGACAAUCCGACACUCCCCUGUGCGCUGAUGCGCAGCUCUCCGGAUAUACUGUUGACGGAACUUUCCAACAAUACGCAGUUGGCAAGGCUACGCAUGCUGCUAAGAUCCCCAAGGAAGUUCCUCUGGAUGCCGCCGCUCCUGUUCUCUGCGCCGGAAUCACAGUUUACAAAGGCUUGAAGGAAUCUGGCGUUCGGCCGGGUCAGACAGUUGCCAUUGUUGGAGCUGGUGGUGGCCUGGGAUCCCUUGCCCAACAAUAUGCCAAGGCUAUGGGUCUUCGAGUGAUUGCUAUCGAUGGAGGUGAUGAGAAGAGAGAGAUGUGUGAACAGCUCGGCACAGAGACUUACGUCGAUUUCACAAAGUCCAAGGACCUAGUUGCAGACGUCAAAGCGGCUACACCAGAAGGUCUUGGUGCCCAUGCAGUUAUUCUGCUUGCGGUCUCUGAAAAGCCUUUCCAGCAAGCUUCGGAAUACGUUCGUUCUCGUGGCACAAUUGUUGCGAUCGGACUUCCUCCCGAUGCAUUCCUCAAAGCACCUGUGAUCAACACUGUUGUCCGAAUGAUCACUAUCAAGGGCAGCUACGUUGGCAACCAACAGGAUGGUGUGGAAGCUCUUGACUUCUUCGCCCGAGGCUUGAUCAAAGCACCAUUCAAACUGGCUCCUCUGGAAGAUCUUCCCAAGAUCUUUGAGCUCAUGGAACAAGGCAAAAUUGCCGGUCGCUAUGUCCUUGAACUACCUGAAUAA